UCUGGGCGGCGGCGACUCGGCGGCGAGUGUUGGAAGUCUCCCCGGGAAGCCAGGGGUAGAGGGAUGGAGCUGGCGGCGGCGGCGGGCACCAGGAAGGAUAUGGACAAGCUCCUGCUUAGAAUGGUCGUUCUGCUGCCUCAGAUCUUCCCUGUCAGGCUGGCCGGCGUGCAAGCUCAGCCCCAAGAAAGAGAAGCGUGCAUUGGAGUAAACAACCAGAGUUAUUUCUGUGAAACGGGGCAUUGUUGUGGUGAAUCGCAAUGUUGUAACUACUAUUAUGAGCUUUGGUGGUUCUGGCUCGUUUGGACCAUCAUCAUCAUCCUGAGCUGCUGCUGCAUCUGUCACCAUCGGCGGGCCAAGUUACGUCUACAGCAGCAACAGAGACAGCGGGAGAUCAACCUCAUUGCCUACCAGGGAGCCCGAAACUACUCCCUGCUUCCACUUUAUCUGAGGGGUUUGGAUGUUCUCCCUGUGACCGGGAGGGUUACCCAGGUGCUCUGGUUUCUUCCUACGUCCAGAAGACAUGCUGGGUUCUUGCCAAGUUAUUUGCUGCCUCCAUAUGAGGAAGUGGUGAACCGGCCCGUGACACCGCCACCUCCCUACAGCGCCUUCCACCAGCAGUCCGCUACGGCGUGCAACGGUUCCUCCAACCCGGAGCCGUCCCGAGCUCCAGCCACCCCUGGGAACUCCGUCCCGACGGUCUGCGAGGUGGUGCCUCGUCAAGGGAGCAUGCUGGGUCUAGACUCCCCCCAUGCCUACUCGGAGUGCAGCCUGAACAAGGUGCCGGCCUGUGACCAGCCGGAGGAUCCGGUGGCGGGUUCCCAGCAGGAGCAGGUGCGAGCGUGCUGCCUGGACUUGGAGGAGGUGCUGGACUGCCCCGAGAAGGAGCAACUGACCGACUAUUACCCGAGCUCUUCCUCCAAGAUAGAGAGCUGGCACCACCAGUCCUGCUUGGAGAUCAAGGAUAUAGACAAGACUCCCGGGAGGCACCGGAGGUUCACCGGAGAUUCUGGCAUCGAGGUUUGCAUCUGCAACCGGGGCGACGACCCCGACGACCCGAAGGAACUGGACGGUCUGAUCGACACCGUGGGCAGCGCGAUGGAGUUCUGCGACAGCUGCAACAUCUGUGACUCCUGCCCCCGCCAGGACACCCGGGAGGAGGCUCCAUCCGAAGGGCAGGAGCAACGGGAUCACAAGGAGCAGCGGGGCCCAGAGGUGACAGAGGAGCCAGUGUACCUGGUGCUGGACACCAUCAACGAGAACGAGCUGCUGCAAGCCCACCAGCACCAGGACCCCCAGACCUAACCGCAGCCCCUCGACGUCGGCUGCCCUUUGUGACAUUUGUGCUCAAGGACUCCUUGUACUCUUAUUUCAUUAAAAGCUCAGAAUCAUUCUGGUGUCGAGUGUACUUGGAAGAGGUUGAAGCAAAAGAUAGCAAGUGCUGGGGUGAUGGAUCAAAGACUGAGCUGUCAGUGGUGAACCACACAAAAAUGGUCAGCCUGCCCGCAAGAACAGCACUUUGCAAUAGUUCCUGCUGUCAUAUUGUGGUAUCGAAGCAAUUAUAACAUCAACUGGAAUUUUAUAUCCAGCAUUUAAAUUUUUAAUCAAAAUGUAUUUGCAUGGGAUUAUGACCCUCCAUUCAUCUUGAGUUAUCUGAAGAGGCCACUUUUCCUUACUUGUGGCCUUGUAGGAGUGACGACUUUGUACAUCUGGGCUGAAGUUGCAAGCGGUUGACAAGGUGGCAGGCUUUGGCUCUGAAGCACAGUGUACUUUUGGAUGGAAGGGGUGAUGGUUCUCUUUCUCUGGGACUAUGGAGGGCAGCUUUAAACAGCAUAAAGGACAUCUUCCUGCCUCAUCUGUGUGUGUGUGUGUCUCUCACUCGCACGCUCUCUCUCUCUCUCUCUCUCUCUCUGUACUGAAACACAAGCUUUACUGGGUUGCCACGGUUUUGCAUUCCCUGUUGGUGACAUCGCAUACGAGGAUUCUGGAAGGCAAGAUGAACAGCUCACCUGGAGAAGUUGACGUGUCUCAAAAAUGAAUGUUUAAAUGUACUGGGAUAUGCAAUUUUAUUUUUAAAUUUGUGCUGGGUCUUUCACUAUAAAAUUGUCCAUAAUGUGUGUAGUGCCUGGCGGAUACGAGUGCUGUUUCUGAGAUGAUUUAAGCGUUUCCUAUGUGAAACUUGUGUGUUUUAUGAAUGCUGUUUGAUUGGGUAUGGUUUGUAUCUGUGAUAGACUCAACGCUGCGGAGCAGGUGAGUUCCUCUGCCAGUUCUAUGCCUGCAAUCCAUUGGGCAGCAGGAGAGGAUAAUUUGCUUGGGGUGUGUGCAUGCACCGUACAACAAGACCGCAGGCUUUUCUUGUCUGCAUUGCUUCUUGUACACAGAGCAUGCCCAUCAUAGCUGUACAAGAAAAGGAAAGGCUCUGAAUUAAAUACUGACCUCAGGAUAUCCCAAAGCGCUUUACAGCAAAUGAAGUACUUUUGAAGUGCAGCCACUAUUUGUAGUGUAGGAAACGAGGUGUUCAAAUUUGCACACAGCAAGCUCUCUCAAACAGCUAAGAAAUAAAGGACCUUGUGUGUUCCAGAUGUUGGUUGAGGGGUGCAGGUAGGUGCAGCUCCACUCCUCUGCCUACCUGACAAGGCCCUCGAUAUCAAGUCCCAGCCAAACGAUGACUCCUCCAAUUGUGCAAUACCAUGCUCGAGUCUAAAUGGGACAGUGUGGGGUGAAUUAGAGUUUGUGUCUGCACGUGUGUCUAGUUUGUUUUGACUAUGCACACCACAAUGCCAAAUCUGAAAUAGGACCAGCCACACCUCUGUAGUUCAUCCGUGAACAUCUAUUCAUAUCACUGUGUGACCGACAGCUCACCUUUCCUCCUUUGUGUCACCCUACUACUCCUGUUACUUAUAUCACUUCAAUUACUUCACAGCGAGCUUUAGAUUAAUACCCAAAGGUUUUGAAUCACCCAUUUAUGGUUUCUUCUUCAGUGACUUGGGCAAUGACUGAUCCCUCUCGCAGGGCUGCUUAGUGUAAAUCCACCAGACUGUCUGAUCUCAGGAUCACUGUGCGUAACCUUUCGUUGGAUCGGGUGCUGACCCUAGGGAGGAGGAAGCCAUUGGUUGUGGUGGACCAGGAUUGGGUGACACCAGGGUGAGAAAUGAGGCAACAGUGCUACCAUUCUACGCAAACAAGGAUGCCAAAGGAACUUGAGAUGAUCAGUUGACUUCUCAACCUUUAGUGAGACCUUGAGGUAGAGUAACUGACACUGCAGCUGCUGUUGUAACCCUGUCAUGUG